CGGGCCGGCGGGGCUCGGUCGCGGGUCGCGCCGGCCGGUUGCUAGGAGACGGGGUCGCGCAGGCGCGCUGGGGGCCGCGGGGCAUGCCGGGCCGGCGGGGCUCCGUGCGGCGCGCUAGGCCCGUUGCUAGGAGGCGGGACGCCGCGGCCCGGCGGGGCCCGGAGCAGCCAUGGAGCCCGGGAAGAGAAGGACCAGAGACGACACCUGGAAAGCAGACGACCUCAGGAAACACCUCUGGGCCGCUCAGUCCGGGGCUCGCAGGGACGACAAGAAGCACCGAGAGAAGAAGCUGCGCAAGGAGUCAGACCCCGAGAGCCUGGAGCAGCGCGAGCACAGGCCCCGGGACCCGGAGUCCAAGGGCAGGGCGGCCCAGAGAGACGGCCACGCGCUCUGGGAGAGCGGCAGCGAGCGAGACAGAGAGAAGCCCCGCGAGAGGAGGAAGGAGGCGCGGGAGCGGGACCGGGAUAAGCGGAAGGAGCGGCGGGAGCUGGAGGCAGAUCCUCGCCGGGAGCGGGAGCGGGAGCGGGAGCAGCGCGGCCGGAAGGAGGAGGCGUGGCAGAGCCCGCACCGCGGCCUGGGCCGGCAGCUGCUGGAGCGCGCCGAGCGGAAGGGCCGCUCAGUGAGUAAAGCACGGAAUGAAGAUGACAGGAGAGAUGGAGACUCUGAAAGAGGGGAUGAGGAGAGAGAGAGGAGAUACCGGGAACGGAAGCUGCAGUACGGCGACAGCAAGGACAACCCCCUCAAGUACUGGCUGUAUAAGGAGGAGGGGGAGCGGAGACACCGCCGGCACCGGGAGCGGAGGGAGAAGCGCUCCAAGGACAAGAGCAGCUCCUUCUCGGACAGGGAGGGCGAGGAGAGGCCCCGGGAGCGGCGGCACAAGGACGGCUCCCACGGGGACAGGGAGAGGCACCGCGGCAGCGGCGAGAGGAAGGAGCGACCGUCCAAGGACGAGCACCGGAGGAGGGAGGCCAAGAAUGGGGAGCACAGGAGCCGGGGGGCACGGCAGGACCACAGCAGUAGCCGGCACGUGGAGAAUCUCGGAAAGAGCAGUGGAAAAGAUAAAGACAAAAAGAGAAAGCACAGCCGAGAGGAGGCCUCUGUGGUGUGGAAGGCGGCUCCCAGGCCCGGCAGUGAGGAGUACUUGGAAAUUGAAAAGGAAGACACUGAUGUAGAAAAUGCUGGAGCUGAUGAGUAUACACCCAGCUUUGAGGAUGAUUUUGAAGACUAUGUAGAUGACUUUGAAGUUUGUGACGGAGAUGAUGACGAGAGCACCAACGAAGCAGAGUCAAAAGAAAAAUGUGAGGAACUUCCUCCCGCCAAGCGGAAGGAGAUACAAGAGAUACAGAAAGCCAUCAAUGCGGAAAACGAGCGCAUCAGCGAGCUGUCCUUGAAGCUGCUCAGGAAGCAUGCUCACCUGGACGGCGAGCAGGAGUCAGGAGCAGCGAGUUUCCCCGAGUCACCCGGCUCCUCUCCUGGUGCAGAGGCCAGCACUUCUCCCUCCAGAGCCUCGGGCUGUGGCAUCUUCAUGGAUUUCGCAACGGCCUCACACCGGCAGAAGAGUCGCUCUCAGGCCCUGAAGCAAAAGACACGCAGCACAAAGCUGCUUCGCCUGAUCGACUUGGACUUCUCAUUCACGUUCUCCCUCAUGGACCUGCCGCCGGUCAGCGAGUACGACAUGUACAUCAGGAACUUCGGGAAGAAGAAUACCAAGCAGGCUUACGUUCAGUACAACGAAGACAGCGUGGACAGGGACAUUCAGACCGAGGAGGUCGAGAGCCGGGAGGCGUGGACCCAGCACCCUGCCGAGGGCGCGGCUGUGUGCGGCGGUAGCGAGACUCGGGAUCCGGCUGAUGCCUCAGUGGUGCUGAAGAUCGACACGCCACGGCUGUCUGCCUUUCUGCGGUCAGCUUGUCAGGUGAUUUCAGUUUUGCUGGAAGAGGAUCGAGUGGCCCGGGAGCCCAGCUGGAGCCAGGGGGCGCAGGACUGCACCCUGCCGCUCAGUGAAAGCGCCUUUGUGCUGAACACCAGCCUGCCCUUCCUCCAGGGUCGGCCGGUGUCCUGCCUGCACGCCUCUCUGGUCCAGCGGCAGACGGUGGUGUCUGUGCACGGCCUCCCCGCGCAGAACUCGGGCCAGGCGCUGGACAGCAGGCACGUGCUCUGCGUCUGGGAUCUCUGGCAGCCCUCGGGGCCCCAGAAGGUCCUGAUAUGUGAGUCGCAGGUGACCUGUUGCUGCUUCUCCCCCUUCAAACCGUUUCUGCUGUUUGCGGGCACAGCUCACGGCUCAGUGGUGGUGUGGGACCUCAGGGAGGACUCAAGACUUCAUCACCACAUGAAGCUGAGUGGCUGCCUCUGGACCUUCCGGAUGUCCACCUUCUCCACUGAUGGCACCCUCACGUCCGUGAGCCACCGGAGCCCACUGCAGGCCAUCGAGCCCGUGUCCACGGCCGUCUACAGGAAGCAGAGCCUUGUGCUGUCCCCCUUCUCCACUCAGGAAGAGAUGUCGGGCUUGUCCUUCCACGUGGCGUCUUUGGACGAGAGUGGCGUUCUCAACGUGUGGGUGGUGGUGGAAUUACCAAAGGCAGAUCUUGCAGGUUCAAUAAGUGACUUAGGGUUGAUCCCGGGAGGAAGGGUGAAGCUGGUGCACAGCACAGUGAUUCGGCUGACCAGGAGCCUUUUCCAGAGAGGCUUUGAGUGCUGGGGCCCAAUGCAGACACUGAAUGUGAAGUUCCUGCCUUCAGACCCGAAUCACUUCAUCGUUGGCACAGAUAUGGGUAUCAUCAGCCACGGCACAAGACAAGAUCUGAGAGUCUCCCCUAGAAUGUUCAAGCCUCAACAGCAUGGCGUGAGGGCUGCCAAGGUCAGCGUGAUCGAGUUCUCGCCGUUUGGAGAGCCUGUGUUCCUGGCUGGCUGUUCUGAUGGCAGCAUCCGGCUGCACCAGCUGACAUCGGAGCGCCCCCUGCUGCAGUGGGACCACAGCACUGAAGGCCAUGCUGUCACCCGCUUGCAGUGGUCCCUGACCAGGCCGGCCGUGUUUCUGGUCCAGGACGACACUUCCUGCCUUUAUAUCUGGGACCUCCUAAAAAAUGAUUUGGGUCCCGUGGCCAAACAGCCCAUCUCUCCAGACAAGUUGGUGGCCAUGACCCUUAUGGGAGAGUCAGAACGGCCUGGCGGUGCUUUCCUGGCCCUGGUGCUGGCCAGAGCCUCCGGCAGCAUGGACAUCCAGUACUUGAAGAGGGAGUGGGCUGUCCCGGUGCCCAAUGAGCAGGAAAAGCUUCGUCUGCUUUUGCAGGAGGUCCCUUGCAGAGGGGACAAGUGGAGACGGGUGUGAGGCCACCUCUGAGUACAGGACCAUGACAUUUUAAAGUUUUACAAGAUUUAUAAGUUUUACCCAGAGACUCACUGCGUGUCCUGGCACUGUCUGCUCCAAUCUGUACAAUUUGUAUAUAACUCAGUCACAGAAAAGUGCUUUGGCUCUGUCAAUAAAUCACUAUUUUUGAAUGAAACAGACAUCAGU